AUGAUUGCCAAACCUCACCUGCUCAGCCUAUGUAAGGAUAUUUCGAAGGCUGCUGGUCGGAUAAAGCUGCACGUCAGAAAAACUCCCCUGGAAUACUCUCCUUGGUUAAGUGACGUUGGCAAGUCGAAGGUCUAUAUUAAACUGGGUAAGUAUAGUAACCAACCUUUACGGCUUAUCCACGGUAAAGAAUUUCGUCUUGACCAAUCGGCAAUAAACAGUGUUGGAGUUUGAUAAAUAACAAGAUCGUCACUAACUCAAAGGGGUUAUAUAUGACGCGAAAAUAAUUUAGUACAAGACGCGUGAAUUUUACAGAAGGCAACGUAAGGUGCCAAACAUGCACCCGUGAAAUAGGAUCAGGCCCCUUCACUCCCCUCCCCCCUGACCUUUACUACCCUCUUCAUUCUUCAAGGAUUUUGGUAUUAAGAGUUCCACACCCAAUCGACUCAUACCCCGACCGUUCCCCCUUUGAUUCAUUUUGUUAGUGGUAGUCUAUAAUAGCAGGGUCGUAGCAAGGUAUUUUUUUUCAUAACUGAUCCUGUAUUUUUGCCCCAAAUUUGAUCCCUGAUCACAAAAACGUUGAGAAUUUUAAUCCCUGAUCACAGAAACAUUGGGAAUUUUGAUCCCUGAUUCCACAAAAACACUGCUGAUCCCGAUCCCAAGUGUUGUGAUCCCAGGGCUGUGAUCCCUGAUCCCACCCCUAAGCCAUUGAUCCCUGAUCUCAUAUACCUUGUUAUGACCCUGAUAAUAGGGUUGAAUAUUGAGCGAUAGGGAUUUGAUAAUAAUGUUCUACAACUUCAUCAUGUAGUUAUAAAUUUGUAGAAUUUCUUGUCAAGUGAAUUGAUCUUUCAGGCAUGAUUAAACAUAUUGUAAUUGAACGUUGUUAGGUUUCGUUAAAAAACGGUAACCACCAGUCCAGUGCCACUUAUAGGUGCUCUUCUUGCCUUCUGUCAAGAUUUUAUUUAUAGGAUUUGUACAGCUUUUUGAGUGAUCAUGGCUGUAUGUUUCAUCAUUGGCAGUUGCUUAAUAAUUAUGAAAAAGGCUGUCAAAACCCCUGAAAGUGUUUGGAGAAGAUAACUCCUCUCUCCUUUGGAGAAUUUUAUAUAGGUCUUGAAAAGGCUUUGUGCCCUACCUUUGCAAGGGGACCAAAAAUGGUCUGCAAAAAUUUGCCAGGCUAAUUUUUUGCUGGCAUGAAACCUCAAAUAUUACAUAUUUCUCCAAAGACUAGAGAUGAGUGUAGGUAUGGUGAUAUCUUAAAUUGUGUGGCAAUUCAUAACAACCAUUCACAUCACAGCUUGGAGAAAGCUCAAUUACCAGCCGCUGUUUGGAAACGAGCUGACAAUCACCCUUCUUCUUCUUGAGAGGAUCGAGGACUAGACCCAAAAAAUGGCAGAAAUCAAGCCCAAAUCUAGGACUAAUAUAUUUUUAAAUAUAUUAUGAUGAAUUGUGGACUUCUACUAAAUUCCAUAUUGCAUAUUUAUUCUCUGACACAUGCAAAUAACCCUGCCAAUUCUUAAAUGUUGAUUUUGACUUAAGUGUUGUUUGUUCUCCUUUGGGGACAGUAAAAUGUUUUUUUGUAAAUAACAGUUAUCUAUUUUCACUAAUAUAGAGAGUGAACAGAUUACAGGAUCUUUUAAACUGAGAGGAGCCUUCAACAAACUCCUCACCCUUAAAGAAUCAAAUGAUGAGGUUUUUCUGACUAAUGGAGUGAUUACAGCUUCUACUGGAAAUCAUGGAGCAGCCACUGUAAGAUGAAGUUUUUCAAUAUGGUUGAUCUUAAUAUUUAACAAGCCAUUGUUAUUUGAUGGAGCAAACUUGUACCUGUAUGAGGAAUGACUAGCUUUACUUCAAGAAAGUGGCUUCAUGCUUCAUGCUUGUAGGGAAUUUAAAGCUUUGGAAAUCAUGGGCCAAUUAACAGACUUAAGCCUUUUAAUUUCUAUAUUUUUUUAUUUAACUGGUUAUAUCUAUGAUAAAAUGUCAGUAAGAGUCUGCAUGACUGAGGGAGAGAACAUUUGUGGCCAUUACUCAGAUUAAAGUAUUUUAAAAGUGGUUGUGAGGUCAAAGACACCCUUUGAAGUCAGCCCCAGUCCUUUCAAGUAGUUAUAGUGGAGCCAAGAAUGAAGGUGGUUGGCAGUUGUCCAUUUAAAUUAAUUAAAUAUUAUGAAGUGACAAGUUAUUUUUUAAUUUAAAAUGUUUCUUUGUUUGUUUGUUUUUUAUGUAGGCAUAUGCAUCAAGUAAAGUUGGCACUCCAGUUACUAUUUAUGUACCAGAGACCACUUCUGAUGCCAAGCUGAAAGUAGUAAAACAGUUUGGUGGGUCUGUGAAGUUCCAUGGAGAAGACUGUGUUGAAGCAGAGGUGACAGCCAGGAAUGCUGCUAAGGUUCAACAACAUUGCUGCACUCCUUAUGUUAAUGAAGCUUCUUUCUCUCAAUACUAACCAUAGAAGCACAAAAUGAUCUGUGUUUGGCUGACCACAACAGUGUGGGAAGAUGGUUGAGAAAGCUGUAAUAUAAAGAUAAGUUUGGUUCUAGCUCGUAAGUAAACAAUGUCCAAUUGUGUAAAAAUUUACCAACAGGAUUGCCUUGGAUUCCAGGAGAGUAGUAGUAUUUCUAACAAUUUUGUGCUGCUGAAAUCAUUUCCAGGGCUGGAUGAAAGCAAUGCAACUGGUCAUUCAGGCUAGCAAAAUCCCUCUCUGAGAAUAAGCAACUUUUUGUGUUAAUUUGCAAAUACCCUAAUUUUUUUCAACAUUAAGAAAACAAGCCAAAGGAAAGAAGCUUGAUAAUAAGACAAACAGGCUACAAGUUAGUGCUAUAGCUGUUAACCCUUUAACUCCCAAGAUCUUCUCCACUCUGCCUACUACACAUUUCCUUCUAAAUAAGUCACAAGAAUUUGGUGUUAGAUCAAGACUACUAACUUCUACCUGAUGAGUUUGAUUAUUCUCAUUACAUGUUGGUUGGAUAAUGUGUGGAUGUUACUAGGAGAAGUUACAUGUUAAUCUCUUAUGGGAGUUAAAGGGUUAAGACAAGUGCGCCGCAAACUCAGUGAGUAGCAACUGCAUUAAAUGACCAAAUGAGGGAAUACAAAUAAUGAUGGGAAUGCGUGACAAGUAACGCAAGAUCUACAUAUCGCAACAAGAGCCCUCAUAAAAUGUUACAGGAAAUCCCUCCUUGUCCCAUUUUUUUGACAGUGUAUGCUUAUCCCUUUAGGAAAGUGGCAUGCAUUUUGUUUCGCCAUAUAAUGACCUUGUAGUUGUUGCUGGGCAAGGAACCAUUGGGUAAAUAUUUAUUUUGUUAUUUAUGUUGGCGAUGUUCAGUUCAUAUUUGUUUAUUUAUUAUUUUCAUUUAAUUAUUAUUUCUUCAGUCUUGGCAUGUGGAGAAAAAUAGAAACCUUUCCUUGGUGCAGAGUCUUUCACGCUGACAGCUCAGCUUUUUUGAUUGUAAUACUUAAACUCGACUUUUUCAAUGGCGAAAAACUUUGUUUAAAAUAUAAUUACAGAGUCGUAACGAGGUAUAUGGGUUCAGGGAUCAAAGGGGUGGGAUCUGGGAUCAGAAGCCUGGGAUCGGGGAUCAAAGGCAUAGGAUCAGAGGCAAAAUCCGGGAUCAAUACCGCAAUGAACAUUUCGAAAGAGGACCUCAAAUCUCGAGAUCGCGUAAACGGUACAGGUUGAUUUUUGAAGUGGCUGUGCAGCACAAUGUAGCUCCAAAGAACUGGAAAGAGCGGAAGCUAACUGUCAUGUUGAAUAUAGAAUAUCUAUCUGACGCGGCAUUUCUGCCAAUCUUACGAUUGUGUAUAACACAUAUGAGGUUUCUCAGGUGUCAUCACAUCUCUCAUGGGUUGAAAUCGCUGGUGAUUUCGGUUUGCGCCCAUAUCGCGCUAUCUGUGCAGUCUUCUGCCUUCUUCUCUUUUCGCCAUGUGGCUUUGCCUCUGUCCAAGGGGAAAACUUGAAACGAAAGAACAGUGAUCGCCGGUACGUGAAGUUCCUUUUGACCUUCAAUGAAUCAAUUUGUGUCAAUUGCUUCUUUUCUGGACAAUCACUUAAUAAGACUCAUAAAUGCGAUUUUGUUUAACUUAUUUUCCCGACUUCUUCGUCAACAGGUCACGUGCCCACUCUCGAUCGUCUGAAUCACGCGGUCAGUCCCAGAAACACAGAAAAACGGCAUAGGUCAGUAAGAAUUCACUCACCGCGCACAGUAGGCGGGAUUUGUGCGUAUUAAUGAGGGAUUGUUGUAAAAUAACCAUUUGGUUCGAUUGCGGCCGCCAAUCCAUAUUGGUAGCACAAGAGCCUGGGUUGAACAAACGAAUUUCUUUCCCCUCCUCGGAUGGAUUUUUUCUCCUGCUCUGAUUCCGUGAAUCACUCGACGUGUUCUUGGCUGGUUUGUCUUCUGUGGUGUCAAUCCUUUUAUUAUCUUUGUUGUGGGAAUCGAGAAUCCUUGUCGAUUGUCUCUUUUAAGGCUUUCACGUAUCGAUAAUGAGAUGCUGUGGCAGGCAGUGCAAGUAUAAAAGCUUAAUGAAACUGCCACAAGUAUAGAGAAAAGGGCCAAAAUCGGCGAAGUUGGCGGACUAAAACUAUCGUUUCGCAGUACUUGGAGUAGUUUUGCUAAAAUAGUUAUUUUCCUCGCGGAAGGAUUAAACUAUCUUAUUGUCAUACUUUGGGAAAAUUUAGCAAGAAGAAUUUGUAGACUUUUACUUUAAAAAACUAGGCUUUUUGGCCACAGGCCACGGUGGAAGGGCAAGGCGCGGACUUGUAUAAGCAGCAGGUAGACCAGAAGAGGGAAAAACAUAGGCAAGGAUUUCUGCCACCUAACCGAUCGCUAAGAAAGAAGGCAACUUUCGAACGUACAAUAAAAGCAUUUCAAAGUUACUUAUGCUUUAUGUAGCUGAGUGAGUGAUACAUAUGUUCUAAAACUGUAUUCCACCCUUUUCACCGAGUAUGGAAAAUUACAGUAAUAAACUUUUCUUAUGGACUCAUAACACAGUUACUAUGGUUACUGCCUCAUGUGUCAGGCAUAUUUUCUUACUGAAACAAACAACUGCUUUUCAUGACCUGUAAUGAGGAAUUUUCCUCAUAAGCUCUUUUGGUUGCGUGAUGGUAGCGUGAAUUAUUUCAUAUUAUUGAAAAGUCCAUUUGAAGCAAUCUCGUUCAUGUGUGUGGUCAUUUAAUCCUUUUUUUUGGGGGGGGAGGGGAGGGAGAGGGGGGUACUAGAGACAGAGGGAGAAACGUAAAGAAAAAUAAAAUGGUGUUUUUUAAAACACAUCGCAUAAGCCUCUCUGACAUGGUCAGCAAACAGGGAUCGCUACGUCAAGGAUAGGAUCAAUUUUUUUCAGUUUUUAGAUGGGAUCAGUUUAGUUUUUCGGGAUCAAGGAUCGAAAUUGUCCGAAAUUUUGGGAUCGUGAAUCACAAAAUAUGGAUAAAAGCUAGGAUCAUUAUAUAUUCCACAUACCUCGUUACGACCCUGGUAAUUACUUUAAAGAAAAAUGUAACUUAAACUCACCUCCUUCUUCCAUUCAAUAAAUGUGUUACGAUGAUUUUUUGGUGUAUCCACCUCAAGUGGAACCUUUUAAUGUAACUGUUUUUCUAUAAAUAUUUACUACUGAAAUUUUAACUUAAAUGAAAUGCAAACACAAAAUGAACUAUUGAGUAGUUUUGAGGAAUUUAAAGUGAAAGGGCAGAUGAAAUCUUUGAGAGCAUUAGAGUAUAGUGACUUAUCAGAAAACCGAAAACAGGCGAAAAUUUACAUCAAUAUCAAAAAUGUGACGGGAAAAAUGACAGAGGUGACAUUUUGAGGCCCAAAAGGAUUUACGAAAAAACGAGAAAAGAAACAUUUUUACCGAAAUCAAAUGUUACAAAAGAGAAAUAACAAACCCAGAGUAGAUACGAAAAAUUGUAAAUGAAACUGAAAAACAGAUCUCAAAAAUCGCCAAGCCAGAAAACGAAGAAGUUGUUGCCUCUUUCAGUUAAUGUUUUUUUAAUUACUUUGCUAAAACGUACAGCAACUUUCUCUCUAAUCUACACAGGGUGGAAAUCUUCGAAGACUUGGCCGAUGUUGAUGCAGUAUUCGUUGCUGUUGGAGGAGGGGGGCUUAUAGGAGGGAUUGCAGCCUACCUGAAAAGUGUGAAACCCGAAAUAAAGGUAACAAGUCUCAAUGAAGAAGAAAAAUGAACCUUCUUUUUGAAUGUGCAUCGGAUGAUACGUGAAUCGCAUGCAACUUUCCUGGUAGGGUUUUCAAUAACAGCUGGCCAUCGACGUCCCACCGCCGCUCAUACCACCGUCUGUUGAGCCUGCAAUCAGGCUCUAAUGUUUGAAUUUUGCCUUGCGGCUUUUUUUCCGGGCACAGACGCCUAUCACACCAUCGGCCGCCUGUGGAAAAAGUUAUUGAAACCGAAACUUCUGCAUUGGAUGAAAAAAUAUGAAAGUGGCGUGAGAAUAUUUAGCAGAAACUUACCUUCAUGUAAAAUGUUCUUUUGCCUUGCCACAUCAACGUUUGUGCAGAAAAUACGAAACAUGCAAAAUCACUGCGUAGUGCCGCGGUUGCCGCUAGUUUUCCCGCCAAAAUAACCCACCAAAGUAACACUCACUCUCGUGCGCGCCCGCGUUUUGUCUUGGUCAACGGUCAAACGACCACGGAUGUAUUUUUUUUUUUUUUUUUUGCGUGUAUGUUUCCGUGUAUGAACACAACAGUUAAACCCUGAGUAAGGCAAGCGUGAGGGGAUCAAUUCUGGCCGGCUUCAUGCCAACGACUGCUGUCUUACAAAAUAAACGAAAGAAAAUUGAAAAGUUCAUAGAGAGGUAGAGAAAACUCGAGACUUUUCGAACAGGAAGCUUAUUCAAACACAAAUAUCUUUACCAUUUACCAUUCUGUUUUGAGCUUUAUCCAAAAAAUUCUACGAUUCUUCUGGCUUGUGUAGCUUGUGUUUGUUACUCGUGUGAGAUAACUUGGUUCUGAAAGCAUGAAAAUACACCACCUAGUCAUUGCAUUCGCAUUCGUUUGAGCGCUUUGUUGUGUGUGUGUCUUUUGUAGUUGUUCGUUGCUCGGAGCGGAAAAAUGUGGGACUGAGAAGGAGAUCUAAAAUAGCUAAAAUAGACUCUGCUCAUGCUGACUCAACUGUUGAUUUUAAUGCAGAUGAUUGGAUGUCAGCCCUCGCAGUCUGCGGUGAUGUUAGAGUCAGUGAAGGCAGGGAAAAUCUUAGAUCUUCCAUCAGGUGACACGCUGGCUGACGGUACAGCCGGUGGUAUCGAGGAAAACUCGGUGAGCAUUCACAAGUAAGGUGAUCUCACGUAAAUUCUGAUGAGGUGUGGCAUGAGCGCAGGCUUGUAAAACUCUUUACAUGUUGCGUCCGUGUUUAGUUAACUAUUUCACAGAUGAGGUUCACGUUUUAUCUUUUGUUCAAAUUUUAAUUUCCCGGCUUCCUCGGCCGGGGGAAUCAGUUUCUUCAAUCACGUUGUCUUGCAUUGAUGUAAAUGUCAUGGGUACAUUUUGUCAUGUGUUUUCUUCGCGGAAUGAUUGUAGCUGAGUGAUAAAAGUUUAGAAAAAAGCAUACUAUUAAGACAUGGCUGAAGGUUUAGGUGUGGAACCUAAGCAGCUCGCCUUGACAAGACCUGACAAAGUCGGCCCAUCGAAAGAACUCUUACCGUUCUGACGUUAAAAAGAUGCAUACGCUUUUUUCUUUGUUAAGAGAAAAGGACAAACAAAAACCUUUAUCUUUUUUCGUAGAAGCCGUUGGAUUAAUUCUAGUUUUUCAAAUUUUGCUUUACGCUUUAUUUUUGGGACAUUUACUGAAAGAAAGAGAGUUGUGUUUUUUCAUUUCCUUCGGGAGAAAAAUUAUGUGUUUGCCUUCAUGCAUUAUAAAGUAGAGUUAUAUUUCCAUAUUUUUUUGUUCCUGAUGAUAAGGUGACGUUUGAUCUUUGUAAAUAUCUUGUCGACGAGUGGAUCCUUGUGUCAGAGGAAGAAAUUAGUAGAGCAGUUUACCAAUUUAUGGAAAAUCACCAUAAAGUGAGUCAGUUACAUUUUUUUUAAUGCCUAAAAAUUUUUCAAUUACAUUUUUUUCGAUGCUUACUAAACCGACAAGCGGGCGGGCGUGGACCACUAGCAUGUCUAUCAAAGACUAUUAUUUCCCCCUCCCUCCUCUCCCUUCCGCUUCGCGAGACCUGAUUUGUUUUUUUACUCCAGAUCAGGAAAAAAUACUAUUUAUUCAUGAGUCACAAUGUUGAGGGCUAAUCAGAUUGCAAAUGUAACCAUUGAUUUCAAAAUGUACUAACUUAAUCAUUUGUUGGAUCGAUUUUUAGAUCGUAGAAGGUGCGGCUGGUGUUGCCAUUGCUGCUUAUUUAAAGGACCAUAAUAGAUUCCAAGGACAAAACGUGGUAAUAAUUUCUUGUGGAGCUAAUAUAACCAUGAAAAAGUUGAAAGAAGUAAGUCUUCAAUGGGACCAGAUAUAAUCUGAGCUUGAAUUUUUAUAACCAAUGUUUCCUAGAUGUAGAAUGCACUUUAAUUUUGUGUCGUGAAAAGUUACAAUGGCUACUUAGAGGUGAAAAGGAACUAAGCAAAGGGCCUGAAGCGCGGGGAAAUUCGAGCGUCAUCUUUUGGUUUUGUUUCUGAUUGGUUAAGAGCGUGGUGCGAGUUUUCUUAACCAAUCACAGAGCCAAACAAUCCAAGAUAACUUUCGACGCUCAUCUGAACACUGCAUGGUGGAGAGCCUGAGCCAAGUUCAGGCGGAUGAAAAAUCCAUUAUGCUCGCAUCUCGAGCACACUGCAAACUUCAGUGAAUUACUUUUGGCCAAAGAACCACUCAGCAAUAUUAAAAGAGAUGCCUAGAGAAAAAAUUGUUAACCUGCACGUGUGUUAAAAACCUCAUUCGUUGAGAAAAAAAGGGAGACAAUAAAAUUAGAUGAUUCGUGGAA